AUGAACGAAGGCGAAGGGGACGUUUUGGACGAGAUUACGAAUAUGGAAUCUACAUUCUAUCAACAAGGCUAUCAAGCAGGAUAUGAUCAUGGUAAACUCCAUGGCUUGUUCGAAGGCAGGGAAUUAGGUAAAGAGAAGGCUUGGGAGCUGUGGGAGGAGAUAGGAUAUUAUGAAGGAUGGGCUGGGACUUAUGUAGAUCUGCUAGAAGGUAAGGUAGUAGAGGGAAGGGAAGGGAGGAAAGGGAAAGAUGCUAGAGCGCUAAAUCAUGCUCAAGUACUCUUAUCCCUCAUCCAGUCAUUCCCUACUACCAACCCGACUCCAUCUCAACCCAACAAUACCAUUACAGACGAGCCCAAAGCCGAAGCAGACUUAGACUUGGCGAAUCUCAUAUCGAAUAUUCGAGCAAGGUACAAACUCCUAUGUUCAAGUCUGAACGUGAAACCUAGAUUACAAGUUGCUCAGAUUGUCGAAGUGGAUCCUCGCUCAGGGGCUGGAGCGAGUGGAGUAGAUGGUGGAUUAGACGGACCUGUAAAAGGGGUGGAUACGAGUCAAUUGAGAUUUUAA